AUUCCCGCCAAAUCCAACCGAAGCAGAGUAACUUCAGAGAGGAUGAUUCUCCAAUGGAGCAUGAAACCUUGAAAACUUCUCGUGAUUGGAAGAACCAGACGGUAAAAUUGCUCUCUCUGGAUCUUCUUCUUCUUCUUCAUUCGGAUUUAUACAGAUCAUGACCUUCGCAGUAGUCGACCAUGCCAUUUCUCUCGCCGAAUUCGCUUGCUUCACUGGUCGAAUUGGCCUUAUCUAUUCGUUCUUCUCUUCUCGGCCGAGUCGCCCAUGCCCAGAUUCUCAAAACCCUAAAAACCCCUUUUCCAGCCUUCCUCUACAACCAUCUCGUGAACAUGUACGCCAAACUUGACCAGCUUAACUCGGCCGAACUCAUCCUCGAACUUGCCCCUUGCCGCUCCGUCGUCACUUGGACCUCUCUCAUCGCCGGCUCCGUCCAAAACGGCCGUUUUGUUUCCGCUCUGUUUCACUUCUCCGACAUGCUUAGUGACUGUGUUCGACCCAAUGACUUCACCUUCCCUUGCGUUUUCAAAGCCUCCACUGGCCUUCGCAUGGCCAUGACAGGCAAACAGGUACAUGCACUUGCGGUUAAGGAGGGAUUAAUAAAUGAUGUAUUCGUCGGGUGCAGUGCCUUCGAUAUGUACAGCAAAUUGGGCCUUCUUGAUGACGCAUACAAGCUGUUUGUUGAAAUGCCUCAUCGAAACCUCGAGACGUGGAACGCGUAUAUAUCCAAUUCAGUGCUCCAUGGGCGACCUGAAGACUCUGCCAUUGCGUUUAUUGAGUUACUACGAGCUGGUGGGAAGCCAGAUUCCAUAACGUUUUGUGCUUUUCUCAAUGCGUGUUCAGACAAACUAGGCUUGGAGCCUGGGUGUCAACUACAUGGGUUCAUUAUUCGAAGUGGGUGUGGGCAGAAUGUCUCUAUUUCAAAUGGAUUGAUUGAUUUUUAUGGGAAAUGUGGGGAGGUUGUAUGUUCUGAGGUGAUCUUUGACAGAAUGGGAGAGCGGAACAGCGUAUCUUGGUCCUCCUUGAUAGCUGCUUACGUUCAAAACAACGAGGAAGAGAAGGCUUGCUGCUUAUUCUUGCGAGCGAGGAAAGAAGAUAUCAAACCAACUGAUUUUAUGGUAUCGAGUGUGCUUUGUGCUUCUGCUGGACUUUCAGAAAUCGAGUUGGGAAGGUCAGUUCAAGCACUGGCCGUCAAGGCUUGUGUAGAGGAGAACAUCUUUGUUGGAAGUGCACUGGUUGACAUGUAUGGAAAAUGUGGAAGUAUUGACAAAGCAGAGCAAGCCUUCAAUGAGAUGCCAGAGAGAAACUUGGUGUCUUGGAAUGCAUUAUUGGGCGGAUACGCGCAUCAAGGAUAUGCAGACAAGGCUGUGGCAUUGCUCGAGGAGAUGGCAUCGGCCGAAGGCAUAGCACCGAACUACGUAAGUUUGGUCUGUGCAUUAUCAGCUUGCAGUAGAGCAGGAGAUUUGAAGACGGGGAUACAGAUUUUUGAGUCCAUGAAAGCAAGAUACGGUAUAGAACCAGGGCCGGAGCAUUAUGCUUGCUUGGUAGAUCUAUUUGGGCGUGCUGGAAUGGUGGAAUGUGCGUAUGAUUUUAUAAGGCGCAUGCCAUUUCCUCCCACAAUCUCAAUCUGGGGUGCUCUGUUGGGGGCUUGUCGAAUGCAUGGGAAGCCAGAGUUGGGAAAGUUGGCCGCUGAGAAGCUGUUUGAACUUGAUCCAAAAGACUCCGGAAACCACGUUGUGCUGUCCAAUAUGCUUGCUGCAACUAGCAGGUGGGAAGAAGUGACGGUCAUACGUAAUGAGAUGAAAGAAGUAGGGAUCAAAAAGGGAGCUGGAUUCAGCUGGAUAACAGUAAACAGCAGAAUUCGUAUAUUCCAAGCGAAAGACAAAAGCUAUGAGAAGGACUAUGAAAUUCAGGAUAUGCUGGGGAACCUGAGGAAGGAGAUGCAGGAAGCUGCUGGUAGCAUUGCAGACGCCAAUUUUGCUCUUUUUGAAGCGUAGAACUAACCAAAUUUGGCUGCCACCAUCAGAGCAAUUCCCUUGUUGUCGGACCCAUUGCGUAUCACAUGCUGCAGGUAUGAAAUCAUCUCUAGUGAUCAAUCAAGAAUCUGCAAUGAUAUUUAUUUUUCUUGUGACUUUGAAAAGUUACCAUUUUUCCCCUGUAUCUUUUCAAACUAUCUCAUUGUAAACUCUAAUUGUUAAAAUUAUAAGCUUCUAAUCCUCUCUA